AUGGCAAAAUUACCAAAUGAAAUUCGACUUGAAAUAGCAAGGAAAUCGGCCAGUGGUGUCUGGAAAAUUAAUGAGUUAUUGAACACGAUCAAGUUUGAGGUGGAAGCACGGGAGGCAAGUGAAACAGCUAAGACAAGUACAAGUAGCCCCUACAGUCAAGGAACUCAAGAUGGUAAUCGAAGUCGUGUCAAGAAUUCAGCAGCAGCAUUAGCUGCAUUACAAGAUCAGUUGCAAAGCGGGAUAGUAGAAAAGGUUCCAUUAAGUGAACUUAACACCAUCGAGGCUCAUUACUUUCCUCAUCACGGUGUUGUGCGAAGCGAGAAGGAAACGACGAAGCUACGAGUAGUGUUCGAUGGAAGCGCGAAGGAAAACGAAAGUAAACAAUCAAUAAAUGAUCAUUUGGACGCUGGUCCCAAUUAUAUACCAUCAUUAUUCGACACUUUGAUAAAAUUUCGAAGUUAUCCGAUCGCACUCACUGCGGACAUUGAGAAGGCAUUUCUGCAAAUCGAAAUAAAGCCAGAAGAUCGAGACAAGUUAAGGUUCUUGUGGAUGAAUGAGAAGGACGAGCUACUACACUUAAGAUUUUGUCGCUUAGUCUUUGGGUUAAAACCGAGUCCUGCAAUCUUGGGCGCAACAAUCAACCAUCACCUAGAAAAACACAAUGAAACUGAGCCCGAAGCUGUGCAAGCGUUACGGGAUUUGUAUGUGGACGACUUACCAACUGGAGCUACAAAUGAAGAGAAGGCUUUUGAAAUCUACGAAUCAACAAAGCGAGUAAUGAAACGUGGUGGAUUCAACCUUCGAAAAUGGAAGUCCAAUUCGAAGGAAUUGAGCGACCGAAUUGGUGAAUGUGAGGCAAUGAACGCGUUCAAUAUGGACAACUUACCCGAGAAGGCGAGCGUAGUUGAAGAUGAUCGUACUUACGUUGAAACUGUUGUGGGACCGCAAGCUGUGGACGAGAGCAAGACAAAGAUAUUAGGGUUGAGCUGGGACACGAAAAAAGAUGAACUUUUUUUCGAGUUUUCCGAGGUAGCAAGUUGUGCGAAGCAACUUCCGCAAACUAAACCAUCAGUAUUAAAAACGGCAGCACAAAUUUUCGACCCUAUUGGUUUUCUUAGUCCCUUGACAGUGAGAUUUAAGAUGUUGUUCCAAACACUGUGCAAAGAGAAAACGAAGUGGGAUGACGAACUGUCAGUUGACAUGCUCAAGCUUUACAAGGACCUCCUUUUGGAGAUGGAGAAAUUGGGCGGGAUAACGGUACCACGAUGCUACUUUGUUCCGAAGAUGAAGAUAGUACAAGUUCAGUUACACGGGUUUUCAGAUGCUAGCGAACAUGCGUUCGCAGGGGUGGUUUAUUUACGAACAGUUUAUGAAAGUGGAGUAAUCGUCGUGCGGCUAAUCGCAGUUAAGUCCAACGUUUGUCCAAUCAAGCAACAAACAAUUCCUCGCUUGGAGUUACUUGGGGCCAAUAUUUUAGCUCGAUUGUCAAGUUCAGUAAAUAACGCGCUAGUGAUUAAGAUCGGAGAACUGCGUAGAUUUCAUUGGACAGAUUCUACAACCGUUCUAUGUUGGAUUCGUAACCAGAAGAGCUGGAAGCAAUACGUCAAUCAACGUGUAAAUGAAAUUCGAAAAUUGACGGAUAAGGAGUCAUGGAAUCAUUGUCCGGGAGCAAUGAAUCCAGCUGAUAUACCAUCGCGAGGUAUACGAGUCGACGAGAUGGUUUCCAAUUCCCUGUGGUGGAAUGGACCUGCAUUUUUACGACAACCCGAGGACGAAUGGCCUAAACUGGAGUUUCCUAAAGAAAUCGAUAAGGCAGCAGAGAAUGAGAUUGUCAAACAACCUAAAACUGUCACUCGUGUGUUAGUUGGUGCUGUUGGUUCUCAAGCUCACGACGUGGCAUCUGUGAUCGAUUGUGAUCGAUUCAGCGAUAAAUUGAAGCUUCUAAGAGUAACUGCAUAUGUCAAUCGGUUUAUCUACCUUUUGAAGAGCAGAGUCAAGCAACCCAAUGGACAGGUGUUUGCUAACAGUUUAAAUCUAUCUGCGACCCAGAUUUUAGAGGCUGAAAAUUUGUGGAUCCGGAGCGUUCAAGAAUCGAGUUUCACUGAAGAAUUGAAAUACCUGCGAACGCCUGAAUACGAGGCUGAAGCUGAAGAAUCAAAAUUUGUUUGCACCACAACACAACCGAUAUUUGAUAAAUGA